ACAAACUCACAGACCAAUAAAAGAAGCCCCCUCAGAGAGAGAGAGAGAAAAUCAGAACACGCUUUGAAACUGAAAGAGAGAGUAAGUGAAGGUGUGUGUGUGAGAGAGAGAAUCAAGAGAGAGGAGAAAACAGAGACAAACGCUGUCUGUGCGAGUUAGAGAGAGAGAGAAACCCCAGAAAAUCAGAAAAUCUAACCCCCAUUUUUUCUCUCUCUAGUUUCCAUUUGAUCGGAGGUUCUCAUUGUGGUUUUCCGAUUAUCGUCGAAUCAGCUCCGUUCUCCGGUUCGGUUCGGUGCAAUGGAGCAGUACGGCCGGUCCAGUGAAGGUUCGCGGUCUGAUCCGUCGCCGGAAUGGGCCGAGCCCGAAGCCCAAACCGGGCUCGAAGAGCCUGUGUGGCAAUUGGGAAUGGGUGGUGGUGCUGGGGAGGAAUCGUAUCCGCAACGCCCCGAUGAGGUUGAUUGCACUUACUAUUUGAGGACCGGCUUCUGUGGCUUCGGUUCCCGCUGUCGGUUCAACCAUCCUCGUGAUCGUGCCGUGGUUGCCGGAGCUGAGAGGACUGCAGGGGAGCAUCCGGAACGAGUAGGCCAGCCUGUGUGCCAGUAUUUCAUGAGGACAAGGACAUGCAAAUUUGGUUCAUCUUGCAAGUACCACCACCCCAGGCAGGCAGGAGCAGGGGGCGCUGCUGCUACCCCUGUGUCACUAAAUUAUUAUGGAUAUCCAUUGCGACAGGGUGAGAAGGAGUGUUCCUAUUAUGUGAAAACAGGACAAUGCAAGUUUGGUGCAACUUGUAAAUUCCAUCAUCCAGUUCCUGCUGGCAUCCAAAUUCCACCAUCGCCAUUUGCCCCAGUUUCACCUUUGCCUGUACCAGUACCUUCGCCGUUAUAUUCAACCAUGCAGCCCCCACCUGGUCCUUCGUCCCAGCAAAUUGGUGUGCUGGUUGCGAGGCCUCCUAUGCUGCCUGGCUCAUUAGUCCAGAGCCCCUAUGGACCUGUGGUACUGUCCCCUGCCAUGGUACCUAUUUCUGGCUGGGGUCCUUAUCAAGCUUCUGCAUCAGGUGCUGUUCUUCCUUCUGGUACUCCAUCUAAUGUUGGUUCAGCACAGCUUUAUGGGAUAACCCAGCUACCUUCACCAGCAGCUGCCUAUCCUGGACCUUAUCCACCUUCUGGUUCCCCAGUUGGUCCUCCAAGCAGUAGUCAGAAGGAGCAGGCAUUUCCAGAAAGGUCUAACCAACCAGAAUAUCAGUAUUAUCUGAAAACAGGGGAGGUUAAAUUUGGUCCAUCAUAUAGGUAUAACCCUCCACCGGACAUGAGUGUGCCGGACAUGAGUGCGCCAAAAGCAAAUGUGAUUCUUAGUCCUGCAGGUCUUCCUUUGCGCCCGGGGGCACCAGCUUGCACUCAUUAUGCACAACAUGGAGUAUGUAAGUUUGGUUCUGCAUGUAAAUUCGAUCAUCCUAUGGGAUCAAUGAGUUAUAGUCCAUCUGCUUCUUCCCUGGCUGACAUGCCAGUUGCACCCUAUCCUGUGGGUUCAACAAUUGCUACUCUUGCUCCAUCAUCUUCAUCUUCAGAUUUGCGGCCUGAACCUAGCUCAGGAUCCAGUAAAGAGUCUGUUCCAUCCAGAAUGCCUUCAUCAACAUUGACUGGGUCAAUCGGCUCGACUUUGUCGACUGGUGGACCCAUUUCUCAAUCGAGCACUCAACCACCUUCCCAAAGUUCAGGUCCUUUAGCCGCUGUCACUAGCACCACAAGUAGCAAUGUCUCUCACACCUCAAGCUAAGCAAUGUGAAUGCAUACCUCAUCAUUACUCCUUUUUUCAAUCUCAAUUCUUCCACUGGACAUAAUUAUUCAAGGAGAUCCUCCAAUAGGUUUUGUUUUCAGUUAUCCUAGUUCCAUUCUCAGGUCUAGCACACUUCACACCAAUUAUCUUUGUGUUCAUAUAAACUUUUUGUGGCCAUCCCUUUGAUCUUGAAUAAACCAUGGCCAUCCUUGAGAAUUUUAGCAAUCCAUACGAUCACCUUGCUUUUGAAUAACUCAGAAUCUGCAAGGCCAUUGUGCACAUGCCCUUUCACAUCUCCAAUAGGUUGUGCUGCUUAUUUGUGCUCCAAUCUUUUUUGAUAUGAGAACAUUCUGUCCAGACUUUCGUUUAUCAUGUGUUUAUGUCUCUUCAUCUGAACCCUUUUUUAAUUUGGGAACAAUUUUCCAUUUCUGCCUUGUAAGUCCUGUUCAACAAUUUUCCCAACUUGUAUCUAGGGUUUAAUGUGAAGAGAAGUAAUCAGGAGACUACAAUGAGGCUUCACAUUGCUAUCUUAUAAUAUAAGGUUUAGAUACACGGUGAUGUUGUGACAAUGAAAAGCUUGACUUGGUACUUAAAUUUAUUACAAAAAUACGUAUAUGAAGAAACAAAUUUAAAUUAACGCAUUUGAAUGUGUAAUAACUUUUUUCUCCUUUUCUAUCAGUUUAUACCUGAUGAAGCUUCAAUGCGAGAUCCGGUCAUUUUUUUGA